UCGGCUCCGGCUCCGGUUGCGGUUUGCCAGCGCUCCCGGCCGCCGCCGCCGCCGCCUCCGCCGGGCCGUCGGCGGCUCAGGUGGCCGCGCUCCGAUGCCCUAGUCCGGCGGGGGGCCGCCCCGCCCCGGGCCCGACUCGCCGCGCUCCCCACUGCGCCCCGCGCCGCAGUCAUGAAGGCGGCCCCGGCGCUGCAGGUGCUGGGCUUGCUCCUCAGCCUGGCCCGGGGCUCCGAGGUGGGCACCUCGCAGGCAGUGUGUCCUGGCACUCUGAACGGGCUGAGCGUGUCGGGUGAUGCGGAAAACCAGUACCAGACGCUGCACAAGCUCUACGAGAGGUGUGAGGUGGUGAUGGGGAACCUGGAGAUCGUGCUCACCGGGCACAACGCUGACCUCUCCUUCCUGCAGUGGAUCCGAGAGGUGACCGGCUAUGUCCUCGUGGCCAUGAACGAGUUCUCUACGCUCCCGCUGCCCAACCUCCGAGUCGUGAGGGGCACACAGGUCUACGACGGCAAGUUUGCCAUCUUUGUGAUGUUGAACUAUAACAUCAACUCCAGCCACGCUCUGCGCCAGCUCCACUUCACUCAGCUGACGGAGAUCCUGUCGGGGGGCGUGUAUAUUGAGAAGAAUGAAAAGCUGUGUCACAUGGACACCAUUGACUGGCGGGACAUCGUGCGGGACCGAGAUGCCAAGAUAGUGGUGAAGGAAAAUGGAAAGAGCUGUACCCCCUGUCACGAGGCCUGCAAGGGACGGUGCUGGGGCCCCGGCCCAGAAGACUGCCAGACAUUGACUAAGACCAUCUGUGCGCCGCAGUGCAAUGGUCACUGCUUUGGGCCCAACCCCAACCAGUGUUGUCAUGACGAGUGUGCGGGGGGCUGCUCAGGCCCGCAGGACACAGACUGCUUUGCCUGUCGACUCUUCAAUGACAGUGGAGCCUGUGUGCGCCAGUGUCCCCAGCCCCUAGUCUACAACAAGCUGACUUUCCAGCUGGAGCCAAACCCGCACACCAAGUAUCAGUAUGGAGGCGUCUGCGUCGCCAGCUGUCCCCAUAACUUUGUUGUGGAUCAGACGUCUUGUGUCAGAGCCUGUCCUCCUGACAAGAUGGAAGUAGAUAAAAAUGGACUCAAGAUCUGUGAACCGUGUGGGGGUCUGUGCCCCAAAGCCUGUGAGGGGACGGGCGCUGGGAGCCGCUACCAGACUGUGGACUCAAGCAACAUUGACAGAUUUGUGAACUGCACCAAGAUCCUGGGAAACCUGGACUUUCUCAUCACUGGCCUCCUUGGAGACCCAUGGCACAAGAUCCCACGCCUGGACCCGGAGAAGCUCAAUGUCUUCCGCACAGUCCGAGAGAUCACGGGCUACCUGAACAUCCAAUCCUGGCCCCAGCACAUGUCCAACUUCAGCGUCUUUUCCAACUUGACCACCAUCGGGGGCAGAAGCCUCUACAACCGUGGCUUUUCGUUGUUGAUUAUGAAGAACUUGAAUGUCACGUCUCUGGGCCUUCGCUCCUUGAAAGAGAUCAGUGCGGGGCGCAUCUACAUCAGCGCCAAUAAGCAGCUGUGCUACCAUCAUAAUCUCAACUGGACCCGGCUGCUCCGGGGGCCUCCCGGGGACAGGCUAGACAUCAAGCACAAUCGGCCCCGCAAAGAAUGCGUGGCCGAAGGCAAGGUGUGUGACCCGCUGUGUGCUGGGGGCUGCUGGGGCCCGGGGCCCAGUCAAUGCCUGUCGUGUCAAAACUACAGCCGAGGAGGCAUCUGUGUGACCCACUGCAACUUCCUAAAUGGGGAGCCUCGUGAGUUUGCCCAGGAAGAUGAAUGCUUCUCGUGCCACCCGGAAUGCCAGCCCAUGGAGGGCACCGCCACAUGCAAUGGCUCGGGCUCUGAUGCCUGCGCCCAGUGUGCCCACUUUCGAGACGGGCCUCACUGUGUGAGCAGCUGCCCCUACGGAGUUCUGGGCGCCAAGGGCCCCAUCUACAAGUACGCAGAUGCUCAGAACGAGUGCCGGCCCUGCCACGAGAACUGCACCCAGGGGUGCAAAGGACCAGAGCUCCAGGAUUGUGUGGGCCACGCCCCAGGGCUCAUCAGCAAAACCCAUCUGGCAAUGGCUUUGACAGUGGUGGUUGGAUUAGCGGUGAUUUUCAUGAUCCUGGGUGGCACUUUUCUCUAUUGGCGUGGGCGCCGGAUUCAGAAUAAGAGGGCUAUGAGGCGCUACCUGGAACGGGGUGAGAGCAUAGAGCCCCUGGAUCCCAGUGAGAAAGCAAACAAAGUCUUGGCCAGAAUCUUCAAAGAGACAGAGCUGAGGAAGCUGAAAGUCCUUGGCUCAGGCGUCUUUGGAACUGUGCACAAAGGAGUGUGGAUCCCUGAGGGGGAAUCAAUCAAGAUUCCAGUUUGCAUUAAAGUCAUUGAAGAUAAGAGUGGACGGCAAAGUUUCCAAGCCGUGACUGAUCACAUGCUGGCCAUUGGCAGCCUCGACCAUGCCCACAUCGUUCGGCUGCUGGGGCUGUGCCCAGGGUCAUCUCUUCAGCUCGUCACUCAGUAUUUGCCUCUGGGUUCUCUGCUGGAUCAUGUGCGACAGCACGGCGGGGCCCUGGGGCCGCAGCUGCUACUGAACUGGGGCGUGCAGAUUGCCAAGGGAAUGUACUACCUCGAGGAGCAUGGUAUGGUGCACAGGAACCUGGCAGCCCGCAACGUGCUCCUCAAGUCGCCCAGCCAGGUUCAGGUGGCAGAUUUUGGGGUGGCAGACCUGCUACCCCCUGAUGAUAAGCAGUUGCUGCACAGUGAGGCCAAGACUCCAAUUAAGUGGAUGGCCCUCGAGAGCAUUCACUUUGGGAAAUACACACACCAGAGCGACGUCUGGAGCUAUGGUGUGACAGUUUGGGAGCUGAUGACCUUUGGGGCCGAGCCCUAUGCGGGGCUGCGACUGGCUGAAGUUCCAGACCUGCUGGAGAAGGGCGAGCGGCUGGCACAGCCGCAGAUCUGUACCAUUGAUGUCUACAUGGUUAUGGUCAAGUGCUGGAUGAUCGACGAGAACAUUCGCCCAACUUUUAAAGAACUAGCCAAUGAGUUCACCAGGAUGGCCCGAGACCCACCCCGGUAUCUGGUCAUCAAGAGGGAGAGUGGGCCCGGAAUCCCCCCUGGAGCAGAGCCUCCUGCCCUGACAAACAAGGAACUGGAGGAAGUAGAGCUGGAGCAGGAACUAGACCUCGACCUGGACUUGGAGGCCGAGGAGGACAACCUGGUGACCACCCUCGGCUCUGCCCUCAGCCUCCCGGUUGGAACGCUCACUCGCCCACGGGGGAACCAGAGUCUUUUAAGCCCGUCAUCGGGGUAUAUGCCAAUGAACCAGAGUAAUCUGGGGGAUUCUUGCCAGGAGUCUGUAGGAUCCGGAGGUAGUGAACGGUGUCCCCGGCCAGCAUCUCUGCACCCUAUUCCUCGGGGCCGCCAGACAUCAGAGUCAUCGGAGGGCCACGUGACAGGCUCUGAGGCUGAGCUCCCCGAGAAAGUGUCAAUGUGCAGGAGCCGGAGCCGGAGCCCCAGGUCACGGGGAGACAGUGCCUACCAUUCUCAGCGCCACAGCCUGCUCACUCCUGUCACCCCCCUGUCCCCGCCGGGGUUAGAGGAAGAGGACGUCAACGGUUAUGUCAUGCCGGAUGCACAUCUUAAAGGGACCCCAUCGUCUCGGGAAGGCACCCUUUCUUCCGUGGGUCUCAGUUCUGUCCUGGGAACCGAAGAGGAAGACGAAGAGGAGGAGUACGAGUACAUGAACCGCAGGAGAAGGGGUAGCCCCGCUCAUCCAGAGAGACCCAGCUCCCUCGAGGAGUUGGGUUACGAGUACAUGGAUGUGGGAUCGGAACUCAGCGCAUCCCUGGGCAGCACCCAGAGCUGCCCGCUCCACCCGGGGCCCAUCACGCCCACCGCCGGCACCACGCCCGACGAGGACUACGAAUACAUGAAUCGGCGGCGGGGUGGGGGCGCUCCUGGGGCAGAUUAUGCAGCCAUGGGCGCCUGCCCAGCAGACGAGCAAGGGUAUGAAGAGAUGAGAGCCUUCCAGGGGCCUGGGCACCACGCUCCUCAUGCCCAGUACACCCGCCUCAAAACUCUCCGGAGCUUAGAAGCAACCGACUCUGCCUUUGAUAACCCCGAUUAUUGGCACAGCAGGCUUUUCCCCAAGGUGAACGCCCAGAGAAUAUAACCUCUGCCCCCUGAGUGCCUCGGGGGGCUUCUGAUGGCAGCUAGUGCCUCUCCAGGGUACCCGUCUUCUCUCCAGUCCCUCACCCUGACAGGCCAGUCCCCUUCCCCCAGCGCAUUUAAUCUUUGGAGGCUCUUAAGCACUCGACACGAAACACUUACGGGGUGUAGACAGCCGUGCACUUUUUUUUUCUCUUUCCAGACCCAGAAAAGAAAAAGGGUUUCAUUCCCCUGAUUUUUGUGGGCUCCCACACUCCAUUCCUCAGGAGAAAUCCCUGGAGAUAUGAAGGAUUCCUCCCCAUCUCCUUUUCUCUCAGGCUCUGACUUGUUGAGACCAGUCUUAGUAGUGUGUCUUUCUUUUCCAUCUGACUCCCAAGGAAGAGGGAAGGGCAGAAACCUGGCCGAGGAAAGUCAAUUUGUGUUUCGUGACUCGAAAGCCCUCUAGAAAGUUGGGGUUGAAAUCUUGCGGGGGGCUGGAGCGACAGCACAGCAGGUAGGGUGUUUGCCUUGCACGCGGCGACCCGGGUUCGAUUCCCAGCAUCCCAUAUGGUCCCCUGAGCACCGCCGGGGUAAUUCCUGAGUGCAGAGCCAGGAAUAACCCUGUGCAUCGCUGGGUGUGAACCAAAAAGCAAAAAAAAAAUAUUUUUGCAGAGUAGGGCUGGAGUGAUAGUAUGGUGGGUAGGACACUGUCUUGUCCAUGGCCGCCCGGGUUCUAUCCCCAGCACAACUCCUGUGAGGAGUGAUCCCUGAGCACAGAGCCAGAAGUAAGCCCUAUGCACUGCGAGGUGUGGCCCCAAAACCAAACAAAUCCAAAAAGAUGGUGUAAAGAGGAUAAGAGCAGAUGCUGCUUACUAUUAGUGGAGCAUUGACUAGGCUAAACUUGACCAACCAUCUCACUCAAUCCUGACAGUUCCCUGAGCGAGGUACUAUCUCAUUUUACAAAUUAGAAAACUGAGCCUUAAAGAGAUUAAGUCAAUUAAAUGGCAAGUCAGAUCAGGAUUAAAAAAAAAAAAUCUUCCAAUACAUAUUGGGACUGGAGCAAUAGUACAGCGGGUAGGGUACUUGUCUUGUCCUGGCCAGCCAGGGUUCGAUUCCUGGCACUUCAAAUGGUUCCCCCAAGCACCAUCAGGACUAAGUCCUGAGUACAAAGCCAGGAAUAAUGCCUGAGCCUCACUGGGUGUGGCCCUACUCAAGAAAGUCUUCCAGUAUAUGUGCUCUUCCUGAAAGAUUUCAUGAAAUACUGAUAUUGUCAGAGUUCUCGUACAGGGCAUUGAAUUGUUUUUGCACUGACUCAAGGCCAAACCCCACACCACAUCCUCCUCCUGUACCCAGCUUCUCAAGAAGUGUAUGUGGGAAGGGGGAGGGGCAGGGGGGAUGGUCAGAAGGAAAAAGAACUGGACAUCAUUGUGUAAACUAUCCUAUACAAUCUGUAAAUAAUCUACUUCUUCCUUACCCAAGGGACAGACUUAUGAGGAUCCCAAGAGCCACUUGGGGGAGCUUUCCACAUCUCCUAGUGGAAUGCUUCCAGCUAGGACAGAAAUUAGACCUAACUUGGGGCUGGAGAGAUAGUACAGCAGGUAGGCGUUUGCCUUGCACGGGGCCAACCCAGGUUCAAUCACCCCAUGGUCCCCAGAGCCAGCCAGGCGUGAUUCCCUGAACAGAGCCAGGAGUAAGCCCUGAGCACCGCCAGAUGUGGCCCCCCCCCAAAAAAAAAUUAGACUCAACCUGGGAUCUCUGUCCCUUAGGCUUAUCUGUUUUAUCACUGAAGUUUUUUGUUGUUUUUUGUUUUUAUACGAAUAAAAGUACCAAAGCCUUUUCAGCUUCCUGUC